UUGUUUACUUGACAAACAACUUUUGCAUUUACGUAUGAUAAGAAAAUAUCGUACGGUUUACCUCAGUAACUUUUUUUAGCAUAAUUCCGAAAUUACACUUCAUUUCGAAAACUCACCUUGUCCAAAUGAACGUAAACACUUAUUCGACGCUGUAAUAAUUGGAUAUACUUUGGUGAACAUAAAAGUGAUAUUUUUAAAAUAAUUUGAUAUAUGGUCAAUGAUGUGAAAUGAAAUUAUGCUGACUAGUUACUAUAAAGUAGAAUUCCUGAAGUGACCGUGACACCCAUUAAAGUUAUGCAAUUUUAGAUUACGCAUUCGGUCACUAUAAUUUUUGUUAUCAUCUAAUGCCGGUCCUUGUAAUGUUGCAUUUGUUCAUUUGCAAAUAAUACCUCAUUCAGUCAACUACUAUGUUAUCUGCUUAAAAUCGAUAUGAGCAUAGAAAUCAAUUUGAAGAGGAAACUAUGGCCAAGAACCUUUCGCUUCACCGGCAAUUAUCGUACAUACACAAUAGUGAUAUUUAUUACUUUUUUCAUUACUUUGACGAUCUAUAGCUAUCACUAUACUUCAACCAACAUCAUAGAUGAAUUAAAAGCAUUCAGUGAAGAAAGAGAAUCCGAUAAAAUUAUAUUACGGUUUGAACGACGGCGUAAACAUCUAAAUGAUGAAUGUAAGAAGUUUGGCUUAGAUAAACCAGGAACUGAUCACAACCACAAACUUAACGCUUGGGAGUUUUUGAUCAAUGAAGAGUAUGGUUUAGUGUAUUGUAACAUCUUUAAAGCAGCAUCGUCAUCUUGGUUAUAUAACUUUAACUUGCUCGCAGGGUACAGUCCUGAGUAUUUAGAGAACGCUUCAAAAACACCGGUUAGUUUAGCUCGAAGCAAAUACCCAAGACCAUCCCGUGAAUAUCUCCAAGAAGCUCUGAAUAAACAUUUGAGUUUCAUUAUUGUUCGUCAUCCCUUUGAACGGCUUGUAAGUGCAUAUGUAGACAAAUUUAUAAAAAACGCAAAGAAAGAAUAUUUUCGAAAAAUUGGAAUGAAAAUCAUUGAGGCAACUAGAACAAAGUGGAGAGAACUAAAUGGAUCACAUUUAACAACACUUUCUAGUGAAGUAAAAAAAAAAAUUGAAGAACUAAAAUAUGUUGAUGAUAGUCUACCUCCAACUUUUGAAGAAUUUAUUAGAUAUAUUAUUUGUGAAUCAAAAUCUCAUAAUAGAUUGAAUGAACAUUGGGAGCCUAUGACACCAUUUUGCACUCCUUGUCUAGCAAACUUUGAUCUCAUAAUGAAGUUUGAAACUCUUGAAGAAGACCAAAACUAUCUAAUAAAAAUGGCGAAGUUAGAAAAAAUUAUAGAACCGAAAUGGAAAAAUCCUACUAAUAAAGAACAUAAAAAUAUUAGCAAUACAUAUUUUUCUCAAAUAUCAAACGAACAACUUUAUGACCUCAUGAACUUAUAUAGAUAUGACUUUGCAUUGUUUCAAUAUUCAUCGGAUCAAUAUUCCAAUUUCGUUCAGAAAAACCUUACAAAUCUUCCGUGUUACUCUGUUCGAUUUAAAUAUUUAUAAAAUAAAUACCUUAUUUGAACCUACC